GCAAAAUGGAAAGAGCCCCGAUACCUUCACCUGCCCAGCUAGCACUCGCAAUGGCCAUUGUUAAACUGAAGCCAGUGGGCCUGGAUGUCAAAGAACACUUAUUACAGAUAAGGCGCCACAUUAAAAGCACACCUCUGACUGACAGGUUCUUCACCCAUGACAAAUACCUCGACAGUGUCUCCUUCUGGGAACAAGCAUAUGAGCGGUCCGAAGCCGAGCAGAGUAAAUUAUUGGAGCGGAUAUUCGAGUUGGAGCAACGCAAUGAGUCACUUCUCGCGCGGCUACAGGGUACGGGCGUCACUGGUGAAGAAGAGACUCUGAAACGCAAAGGCACUGCGAAGAGGGCGGCUUCUGGGAAUAAUGCCCCGAUGCGAAAGAGAGCAAAGACGCAGCAAACAAAUCCCUCAAUAUUUGCCAGUAAUAUAUCUACUGUACUCGGUGGCGGUGCUAUUGAUCACCCAGAAUGCCCCGAGCAAUUCACCGCACCUUUUAUGAGACAAUUCUAUAUACUUCAGAAGGUCCUACAGAAGCGACCAAACAACUCUAACAUUGUCAGAGCAGCCAUCGAAUUGUGCAGUACCACAGCCGGAAAUGUGCGCAGUGCAGUCGAGCAACCGACCAUGUCUCGACCCUCGACCAAGGUCACACCACAACCCAAGAAGCCGGAUUUACUGGCUAUUCUGAACGGCACAGAGGCCGCUUUCGGGCUUUUAAUUCAAGCCCUGAGAAAACUAUCUGCGACUGGGCGGACCAUGGAAGAUGUCGGACAUGUCACAUAUCACAUCGUCCACUUAUAUGAGGUUAUCAUUGAAGCUCUGGGCGGAUAUUCCAAUUUCAAGUCCGAACAGUCACUCCAUGAGAAUAGAACAGAUGCCCGAACAUCCCGGCAGAGACAGAAGGCCAAACCCAAGCGUUCCAAAACAGAUAUGCAGAAGAACACAGACGACGAAUCAGCCACUCAUAUGAGCUUGUUGCUAAGUAAGAUGGCGUUCUCGCUUGACACUACCUGCUUAAGCGAGCGGAAUGUCCUGGAGGGAUUUCUGCUUGUUCUGCUUAACCGUAUAGGGAAAUUACUAUGCUUGUUUGUCUUCCAGGAUCUGCGUGUACGGCCUGACCUACGGAUGGAUGCUGCCAAGUUCCCACUUCCGGAAGGACUGAAGGAAACAGAAUUGAACGAGAGCUCAUUGCCUGCGGCGGCAAUGGAGGCCAAGUUCCUCAUUUGGCCUUUAGAACGGAUCUUGAAGGUGUUGGAUGAUGUUCCAUCCAUAUCCUCCUCGGAUCCUAGUCAAAGUCAAAGCACACAAUUUACGACAAAGGUAAAGGAAAAGCUGCAAAGUACCCUCCUUCACUCCGUCUUCGGCAGAGACUCGCUAUGGCCAGAGGUUCUACAACUUCCUGUUCAGCCUGAUGGCCGGGAUCUGGAGAAACUUCGCUCCUGCUCACAGAUCCCUGAGCAAUCGGUACCCGACUGGUUUGUACAAGAGGUUUGGAGGCUGAUAGGCUGGGAGAUGCUGGCUAAGGACAACCCUUUGGAGAUGUAGGGCUCAAAACAAGGGCUCUGGUUUAGUGGUUUCGGUUUCACGCGGUCAAUCUGUGCCUGCUUGUGCGAUGACCGGAUGAACCUGCCUGUAUGACUUACUGAUCUUG